AUGGAUAUUUCAAGCUGUAAUAUUCUUCAAACCUCUCUGUCAAGCCUUCUAUUUAUCCUUUGGUUUCUGCUGGGUCCCUGUCUGGGCUCGGAGCUGAGUUUUGUCACAUGUGGCUCUGUUAUUAAGCUGUUAAACAUAAAACAUAAUGUGAGGCUUCAUUCCCACGACGUACGCUAUGGCUCCGGUAGCGGUCAGCAGUCUGUCACUGGGGUCACUGCCAUUGAGGACAGUAACAGUUAUUGGACGGUGCGCGGGCCGAAGGAGUCGUUGUGCCAUCGCGGGACUCCGGUCAGAUGCGGACAGAUCAUACGACUCACUCACGUCAACACCGGACGCAACCUCCACAGCCACUACUUCGCCUCUCCCCUCUCCUCCAAUCAGGAGGUGAGUGCGUUCGGCGAGGAGGGCGAGGGCGACCACCUGGACGAGUGGAGCGUGCAGUGCGGCGGCAGCGUCUGGGGCAGAGACGAGGCCGUGCGCUUCAGGCACCGAGCCACAGACGCCCUGCUCUCUGUGACCGGGGAGCAGUACGGACGCCCCAUCCACGGCCAGAGCGAGGUGCACGCCAUGGCCAGCCCCAGCCCGCACAGCCUCUGGAAGACCAUGGAGGGGGUCUACAUGAAGCCCAGCGACAGUGCGGCGUUCAGGGGCGAGCACGUUCACACCGAGUUGGACCGGAGCCUGGACCGGAGCCUGGACCAGACCCUGAACCAGACCCUGGACCAGACCCUGGACCAGACCCUGAACCCGACCCUGGACCAGACCCUGAACCCGACCCUGGACCAGACCCUGGACCAGACCCUGGACCAGACCCUGGACCAGACCUGUGACUUGAGCCGACAUGAAGUUUCCCCAUAA